AUGAGGUGUUAUACUUGUUCAUAUGGAAAGAAGAACAGCGAUUGCACAAAGAUGGAGGAAUGUAAAAAAGAUGAAGAGUCUUGUGAAACCAAGAUUCGUAGAGACAAGGCCGAAAUCAAGAAAAAGUGCCAAAAGACUAAAUAUUGCAAGGCCAAGUGUGAGAAGAACGACAAAGAAUGCACGCUCUGUUGUACUGGGGAUCUCUGUAAUAAAAACCAAGGAUACGCGGAAUUUAAAUCCUGGGGAUCUUGGUCGUCCUGUAACAAAAAAUGUGGAGGAGGCAAGCGAAGUAGAACGAGGACUUGUUCAUCUACUGGUGAUGUUCCUUGUUCAGGUGAUACCAAGGAGGAACAAGACUGCAACAAUCAGGCCUGUCGUAAGUUCUAA